GAGUCCGGCAGCGACUGGCAUCUUCUACUCCUAUCAUACGUGCGCCAGGGGGCGCAGUCCUAAGCCUCUCAACAAACUCAGUAAGCAGGACAGCUUUGCACACCAAACAACAUGUCCUACACCAAGUUCUCCCGCUGGCUCGACGACGUGCAGGACGAGGAGGCCGGCUACUACGACAACAGUGAAGACGACCUCGCGUCCUACCUGCUAAAUCUCACCAAUUUAGAUCAUGUCGUCGACCGGGCGGAUGCUGUACUAGAUAGAGCAGAAGAUAAACUCGCCGCCUGGACGCCCUGGGCCCACGAAAAGUACGAGGGCGCGGCCGAGGCCACCGGCGCGGCCGCGCGGCGGUUCCGGGCGUUCGCGCUGCUGCUCGUGACCUCUCUGGUCAUGUUCACGCUCGCGUUCACGCUGGGGCUACCUAUUUUGGUAAUACGACCCCAGAAGUUCGCGCUCGCGUUCACGACGGGCAGCAUCUUCUUCUGCAUGGCGCUCGCGGUGGUCCGGGGCGUGAAGCCCUUCCUGCGGAGUUUUCUCAACUCAAAGAGGCUGCCCUACGCGCUGGCCUACGCUUUGAAUUUGUUAUUGACGCUCUGGGCGGCCUGCAUACGACGGUCCUAUAUCCUCACGGUCGUCUUCGCCUCCAUGCAGAUCGGCGGCCUCGCCUGGACCGCGCUGAUGAAUAUGCCGGGCGGCGGGCGCGGCGUGUUACUCGUGCUGCGGAAGGUCUGUGGGUUGGUCUGGACGGUCGGCCGGCCAUUAUGUAUGGCGUGUUGGAAGUGCUGCUUCGGGCGACAGGCUUACUAA